AUGAAGGAAUUAGCUCACUAUGGACCAUCCUUAUGUGUGAAAUUCUUUAAAGACUUUGUCGUUGCGGGAUACGGACCCUUCGUGCAAAUCUACGAUUACCAUAAUGGUAAAUUGCUCAAUAAGUGUCGUGUUUUCCGUAAGAAUAAAGUUCAUGGCUUGAGUAUCAACGAAUCAGGGCAAUUGUUGGCCUAUGGAGCUAGGUCUGUGACCAUUGUGAAAUUUGAUCACCUUAUUACUCAGGUUUCAUUAGUGGAUAAUGAAAAGAUGACUACCGAAUGGAUAACAAGUGGUGAAUUCAAUUAUAGAGGGGAUCAAGUUUAUCUUUUGACCUGUUACAACAAAGUUUUUGUAUGCGAUUUGACUGGAGAAAUUCUUUCAAGGAAGACGCUACAAGGUGAAAGAUCCAUCUUAUAUUCUGGGUCCAUCAAAGAAUUCUCUCCUGAAAAAGUUUACAUCAGUGCAGGCACCGUUAUGGGUGGUGUCUUAAUCUGGGACCUCUUUCUAGAGACCAAGUUAUAUAAUUUGGUGGGUCACGAAGGUUCUAUUUUCUAUGCUACUAUUAGCGAUAAUGGUCGAUACAUUACCAGUUGUUCUGAUGAUCGUUCAAUAAAAUUGUGGAACCUUCAAACAGGUGAAGAAUUAUGUACCGGUUGGGGUCAUACCGCUCGAAUUUGGAAUUUGAAAUUCUUUAAUAAUGAUACUCAAUUGAUUAGUGUGUCUGAGGAUAACACUUGUCGUGUUUGGGAUAUUCUCCAGGACGAAGGAAAUGGAAAUACCUCUUUAACCUUGUCUCAAAUAUAUGAAGUUCAUUUGAUUAAGAAUGUGUGGGGUGUAGAUAUUCAAGAAAAGGAUAUGGUUGCUGUUACAUCAGGUAAUGAUGGCCGUUUGAAAUUAACCAAAAUUCAAGACACGAAAACCAUGAAUGCUCAAGAGGUAUCGUUUAGUUUAGAGGAUAUAAGUACUCAUUCUGUCAUAAAGUUUUCCAAGGGAGAAAUAAUCAAAGGUUUCCAAAAAUUUGAAUUUGGUCUUAUUGCUAUUACAUCCCUAGGUAAAAUAAUCCAAUAUUUUGAAUGCGAUAACCUAUGGAAGUUAUUACUUGUCAGUGAGAAUCUAGUUUCAUACUCAGUUACCCAUGGAAUUAUGGAACACAAUAUUGUCACAUUUUCUAACAAUAAAUCUGAUGCGUUGUUGUUGAAGUUAUCUCAAGAUGGUCGUGAUAUCAUUGCCAAAAAAUUCAUGCAUCUUGAUGAACUUUCAAAGACAAACAACUGUCUUGUGACCAAAUUUGACGCUACUACUUUGAUGCUGACUCUGGAAUCGCCAAACCCAAGAGAUAAAUUUAUUUGUUUGCAAUUUGAUCUAGAGACGUUGUCCUUGAAGAAGAAAUUUGCUUUUGCCAAACCAGAGAAUUUUGCCUCUUCAUGUCUAGAAGUUUUUGAGAAUUAUAUCUUGGUAGGAUCGCGCUUCAGUUCCAUCGCAAUCUUCGACACAUUAAAUAUUGAACAUCCCGCAUAUAUGAUUAGAAGGAUUAGCGCAGGAGACACAACCACUAAUAUUAAAUUUGUAGAAACUAAAGGUCACACGCAUCUCUUUUCAGUGACAAAUAGAGAUGGUUUUUACAAUUUUGUUGCCCUUUCCUAUCAGAAUCAAACACAUCAAAUUAUCCAUUCUAAUAAUAUUGUAAAGGGGUUCCUUGAAGGGGCAUAUUUUAAUGACAAUGGUGAAUAUAUCACGUAUGGGUUCAAAUCAAACUUGUUUUAUAUUUACAACGAAACCAAUUGUUAUGAAAUUGCUAGUCAAGUUUGUGGUGGUGGUCAUCGUCAAUGGAAGUUAACUACUCUACCAGAUGGUGGAUAUAUGCUAGUUUACAUCAAGGCAGCAAGACUAUACAUGAGAAAAAUUCCACAAUCGCUGUUCCCGCAAACCUUGGAAGAAGGUAUGCAUGGUAGAGAAAUCAGAGAUAUUACCAUCUUGAAGGAUAAGCGAUAUCAUGACGAUGGGUUUAUCUUCUGUACAGCUUCUGAAGAUACCACUAUCAAAGUAUGUCAUUUCAAUGAAUCUACUGGUAAAGUGACGAACCAUUGGACUGAGAGAAAACAUGUCUCUGGUCUUCAACGUUGUAAAUUUAUCAAUGGAAAAUAUAUGAUUUCAUCAUCUGCAAGAGAAGAAUUAUUCUUAUGGGAGAUCAAUGAUGAUUAUAAACUUCAUCCGUUUAUUACCAUACGACAAACUUUACCUGCAUCCAGUGAUAAUCCAGAUUUAAGGAUUAUGGAUUUUGAUGCCAUUUUCCUUGAACAUAGUGACAAUUUUAUCAUAUCUACAGUAUAUUCUGAUUCCAGCGUCAAACUUUGGUACUAUAACACUGACGAGAACAAAUUUCAUUUAUUAGUAAAGGGACGUUACCAAACGUGUUGUAUACUGAAUACAGCUUUGAUAAUCUUCCACGAUAAAUUGUAUCUGUUGAUUGCCACGACUACUGGAUAUUUAGUUACUUAUGAUGUUACGGAUCAUAUCCCAUUUGGUAUCAAUGAAACAAAGAACAAAUUGAUCGACAACAAAUUAGAGACUUGCUGCGUAGAUCUCCCUGCAAGCUCCUUAUCCUUACGCGUUCAUCAAUCCGGUAUUAAAGCCAUUGACGUAUUCAAAGAUGAGCAUAACGAUUCGUUUAAGAUAUAUUCCUGUGGAGAUGACAAUGCGAUGGCAAUUACUUUAUUCAAAUUUGAUGAAAUGAAGAGGGAGCUAAACAAUACUAUUGUUUCAUCGGAACCUAAUAGUGCAGCAUCUACUGUAACGUCAUGCAAUGUAUUUGAUAAUGGUAGGAAAUUAUUGAGCACGUCAGUGGACCAAGUUGUAAAGGUAUGGGAUGUUAGUAACAACCACUUAACGUUACAAGAGGAGAAAUACACCACAAUUGCUGAUACGGGGGCAUCAGAUACUGUUUCUGGGAGGGACGACUCAACUUUAUUCUUAAUUGGUGGUAUUGGAUUUUCCGUUUGGAAAACAGAUUGA